CCUGUCGAUUGAAUGUCACCGGAAACGAAACACACCGCUGCAGAAUGUUUAUUUACCUGAGUAAAAAGAUUGCCAUCCCGAACAACACGAGGUUGAACUGUAUCGCAUGGAACAAGGAUCAAGGGUACGUGGCGGUCGGCGGUGAGGAUGGACUGUUGAAGGUGCUAAAGCUGGAACAGGCCAGCAGUACGACGGUCGCAGCCCAACCGGGCAAAGCACUGCAGGCGAGCAAUCUGUCCAUGAACCAAACGCUCGAAGGUCACAAAUCGGCCAUCCAGGUAGUUACGUGGAACGAGUCCCAGCAAAAGCUAACGUCCUCCGACAAGGAUGGCGUUAUUAUGGUGUGGAUGCUUUACAAGGGUUCCUGGUACGAAGAGAUGACAAAUGAUCGCAAAAAGUCCACCGUAAAGGGUAUGGCGUGGACGAGUGAUGGACAGAAAAUUUGCAUCGUGUACGAGGAUGGUACGGUGAUCGUUGGUUCGGUUGAUGGUAAUCGGAUCUGGGGUAAAGAGUUGAAAAAUGUCUCACUGACUGGCGUGCAGUGGAGUCCGGACGGAAGGUUGCUACUGUUCAGCAUCAAGAAUGGUGAGGUACAUCUGUACGAUAAUCAGGGCAUCUUCGUGAUGAAGCUUCACAUCCAGUGCGUGUAUCUUACGCCAACCAAGAGUGUUACGGUGGUGGGAUUGUGUUGGUUCCACAAGGGUACCUCACCGAGCAGACCGGUGCUAGCGAUUUGCUACGAAAAUGGGCGCAUGCAGCUGAUGCGUAACGAGAACGAUGACGCACCGGUGGUGGUGGAUACGGGGGUGCAAGCUAUUUCAUGCAUGUGGAAUCAUGACGGUACGAUAUUGGCGCUGUGUGGCAUGAAAACCAAUCUGAGCAGUGAUAAGGAUAGUAGUCAGGUGCUUUUUUACACCCCGUACGGUGUGCACAUCCGGACGCUGAAAAUUCCCGGCAAAGAAAUAACCUCUCUCUCGUGGGAAGGAAAAUCGCUACGAAUCGCACUGUCGGUUGAUUCGUUCAUUUAUUUCGCCAACAUCCGGCCUGAUUAUAAUUGGUGUUAUUUCAACCGUACCGUUUGCUACCAGGAAGCGGUAGGGAAUGGCGCUGGCGAUGAGAUCGAUACGGUUACGUUCUGGGAUACAAGCUCGAACCAGUGCUAUGGGAAGCAGAUAGAUGCGCUAAUGUCGAUGGCGGCCUCGGUAGAUCAUUGUGUGCUGGCCGUUGAAACGCGCAUGACCGGCAAGGAGUUUAACAUUGUGAGCGAAGGCAAGGGAAAGGAUCUGAUGUAUCAACUGUUGGUUUGUAAUUCUAUCAGCACGACGGUUGAUUCGAAAUAUAUCGACAUACGGCCAGAGUUUAUUACAAUGAACUCUUCGCAUGUGAUCGUCGCCUCGAAGGAUCACUUUCUGCUUUGGCAUUAUCAUACACCGAAGGGAGCUUCAACGCUACACGCGAACCUUAAGAUCAAACGUGAUCGCAAAUAUCAUAUCGACGAUACACCAGCACUCGAAGUGCUUAACGAUCUCGAUUCGAAAACGGCCAACGAAAUCCCACCUAAAGUUGACCCAAGUCAGGAUCCAAUCUGCUGUCUAGCAUCCUCGGAAAAUCUACUCCUAAUCGGUCGCGAAAGUGGACUCAUUCAUGAGUACACACUUCCGCAUCUGGUACUGCGCAAUCGACACUAUCUGCAGGCACGCAGUUACAAGCUUGCAAUCAACUGCAACUCAACCCGUGCCGCCAUGAUCGAUUGUAAUGGUGUGCUGACGACGUUAACGCUGCGUGACGAUACGAGUGAAUCGGAACCGGCCGGAUCUGCGACGCCUCACAUCGAGCGAAAGGACGUGUGGGCAAUUUGUUGGGCCCGGGACAAUCCCCAGCUGCUGGCGAUAAUGGAGAAGACGCGCAUGUACAUACUGCGUGGUGCGGAUCCGGAAGAACCGAUCACUUGCUCCGGGUAUAUCUGUAACUUUGAGGAGCUGGAAAUUACCGGAGUUUUGCUGGAUGACAUUGUGAAGGGUGGUGCAACACCUAAUGUGAAGGAACAUCUGUUGCAGCUGCGCGUGAAGUCACUUCGCGACACGGAAGAUCUUCUCGCGCAUGUGGGGAUUGCCGAGGCGAAACAGUUCAUCGAAGAUAAUGCUCAUCCACGUUUGUGGCGUCUUCUUGCGGAAGCAUCGCUCAAAAAACUUGAUCUCGAAACAGCGGAAGCCGCAUUCGUUCGAUGCAGCAACUAUCCCGGCAUUCAGCUUAUAAAGCGUCUGAAAACGAUCCAACUGGAGGCACUUCAGCGGGCGGAGAUUUGUGCAUUUUUCGGUGAGUUUGAUGAAGCGGAAAAGCUCUACAUGGACGUAGACAGGCGAGACUGUGCGAUCCGUUUGCGACAAACGCUAUGCGAUUGGUUUCGUACGGUGCAGCUGUAUCGGCUCGGACCGGGCAUCUCGGACCAGCAGAUGGAGAACGCGUGGCGAGAGAUCGGACACCACUACAUGAGCAUGCGGGCGUGGGACAGUGCGAAGGAGUACUACGAGAAGGCUCACCAUACGGAGGGGUUGAUGGAUGCGCUGUACGCGUUGGAGCAGUAUGAUGAGCUUGUGGGGUGCAUGCAUCGAUUGCCGGAGAAGAGUCCACAGUUGGCAAAGCUCGGUCAACAGCUAGCUACGGUGGGAAUGUGUGAGCAAUCGGUCGCAGCUUACCUGAAGCUUGGAGAUGUAAAAUCUGCUGUUUCUACGUGCAUCAGUCUCCGGCAGUGGGGACUUGCGGUGGAGCUGGCUCAGAAGUACCGUAUGCCGCAGAUCAACACGCUGCUCAGCAAGCAUGCGGCGCAACUCCUCCAAGAGGGUAAACUACCGGAAGCCAUCGAGCUGCAACGCAAAGCGGGAAGAUAUCUGGACGCAGCACGUCUGCUGGUUAAGAUGGCCGAAGCGGAAGCAGAAAAGCGUUCAGAUUACGUAAGAAUUAAGCAGCUGUACGUGCUUUCGGGGCUGCUGGCUGAGGAGCACGUCGAGAAGCAAUUGACCGUACAAGCGGCUGGAAGUAGAGCCGUAGUACUGUCACAGCUAAGCCCAGAAGAUGCGGUACUAAUCGAGCAAAUAUGGCAUCACGCGGAGGCGUAUCACUACAUGCUGUUAGCACAGCGUCAGCUGAGAACAGGCCUGCUGCACAGUGCCGUUGUAACUGCUCUUCGACUACGUGACUACGAGGAUGUCUUGGAGGUGGAGUCACUGUACUCACUGCUCGCACUCGCUAGCUGUGCUGAUCGAUCGUUCGGUACGUGCUCGAAGGCAUUUAUUAAGUUGGAAUCGAUUGAAACGAUCUCGGAAGCUCGUCGCCAGCAGUACGAGGAGUUGGCAAUUGAAAUCUUCUCCCGAUACGAACCACACGAUGGCAAGAUGAAGCACAUCAGUUGCUUUACGUGCGAGACACCAGUGGCCGACUGUAGUACACUAUGUCCGAGCUGUGGCAGUCGAUUUCCACCGUGUGUCGCAUCGGGACAACCACUGACAAAUCCUACUGGAGCCUGGCAGUGUACCGGGUGCUAUCAUCUAGCGAGCCCGCUUGAGAUUAGUACCCGAAAGACAUGUCCCCUGUGUCAUCGGGUAAUAGCACCAACGAAAGGAGCUAUCGAGAUUUAA